CAAUCAAUCAACUCAUCAAAUCUUCCCCAAUAAAUAAUGCGAGUAUCAUCACUACACAUAAUUAUAUAAUAUAGUAGUGCAUAUACAAGCAUAUCGAUCAAUGGACCUAGGACAAUUCGUUUCAACCAAGGUAGUAUCUUCCAUAUUCACAAUGGCAUCAUCACCAUCGCUUGCACUCUCCUUCCUCGUCCUCCUUGUCCUAGCCACUUUCACAACAACCACCGUCUUAGCUACGAACAACCUACCACCAUCUUCGGCACCGGCUCUAUCGCCGGCCUCCUCCGCCGCGGCAAAGGAGUUCCUCCGUGCGACCUGCACUUCGAAGUCAGAACUACCGGAACUCUGCUUCGACAUUCUCCUCCCGUACGCCAGCUCCUUCAAUGGCAGCCAAGGAAAAGUUGCUCGAGCUAGCGCGGCCAUCGCUAUCGAGCGACACCGGGGCCUCCUCGACGAGCUCCGCGGCUUGAAGCCCGGCCCCGGCGACGUGGGCGCCGAGCGCCGCAUGCUUGUGAUGCUGCUGUCCGACUGUGUGCGGGACUUCGACGCGACUUACAUGUUCGCCGACGAGACGUUGGCUAGGAUCGACUUCCUCGUGUCCGGCAGAGGAAGCGAGGAGCAGCGUGCCUCGGAUAAGUUGAGAGCGAAUGUGUGGCUUACCUCCGCGAUGGAUAGUGGCGUGUCAUGCACGGACUGGUUUAACGAGGAAGGAAGCCAUGGCCGCCCCGCCUCGUCGCCCGUGGGGAAGAAGGUGAUUGCUGGCUGCGCGACCGCUACUCAGUACAUGUCGAUUGCCCUGGAACUUCUCGUGAAUUGCAUCACUACCUAAUCCAUGUCUUUAUCAUAUCUGUCAUAUAUAUCAAGUUGAAAUAAUAAAAAAAAUUGUGAGGAGUAAAAA